UUUUUUAGUAUUUGCUCCACAGCGGCGGUCAAGUACAGCGGCUUCUCUAGGAAAAUUCUCGUUUGGCCCCAAAUCUUUUAUCUUGUGCAUUACUGGAAUUAGCUAAUGUUAUAUACUGUACUAUCAGUGCUGAGUCAAAUUUACUGUGAUGGUCCCAUUCUUCGAGCUGUGCAAGACUCAUUUUUAUUUGCUGACUCAAAGCACUUCGUUGACAUGUCGCUGAAAUAUGAUCCCAUCAUGACAUUGAGAAACUUUGAUGAAUUGGGCGAGAAGGCAAACAGCAUAGCUGUACUAAGAGAAUUCGUAAAUACACACUUUAAUCCACCUGGAACAGAGCUUGUGGAAUGGUAUCCAAGUGAUUGGGUCGAUUUUCCUUCAAAAUUUCUCGAGAUACAUGAUUACCACCAUCGACGAUGGGCAUUGCAUCUUCAUCGCAUUUGGAGAGACCUAUGUAGACGAGUAAGAGACGACGUUCGUAGACAUCAAGAUCAUUACUCUCUCCUAUAUGUACCACAUCCCUUCAUUAUUCCUGGUGGACGAUUUCGAGAAUUCUAUUACUGGGACACCUACUGGAUCCUGAAGGGUCUGAUCUUUUCUGAAAUGUACGAAACCGCCAAAGGAAUGAUCAAAAACCUUGCUUAUAUGGUCGACAAUCAUGGAUUCAUUCCCAAUGGUGGACGUGUGUAUUACUUAACACGGUCGCAGCCACCUUUGUUGAUUCCCAUGGCUUUUGACUAUUAUCUGUCUACUGGUGAUCUAGAUUUUGCCUUAGAGGUCCUACCAACUCUAGAAAAAGAGUUCCUUUUUUGGAUUACGAGAAGAUCUGAGAUGUUUACUAGCACAGACGGAAAACAGAAGUUUCCAUAUUAUCAGUACAAAGCACAGUUGCAUAUGCCACGUCCGGAAUCAUAUCGUGAAGAUUUUGAACUUGUCCAUCAUUUAAAGCAUAACGAUGACAGAGUACGAAUGUGGUCGAACAUCGCGUCUGCAGCUGAGUCAGGGUGGGAUUUCUCUACACGUUGGUUUUCUCAGACCGGAGAAUUGAAGCACAAUAUGAAGAGUAUCAGAAUGUGGAGUAUUGUGCCUGUGGAUUUGAAUGCUUUCAUGUGCAUAAACGCUCGAAUACUCGCUAGUCUCAGUGAAAUCCGAGGUGAUUUUAAAAAGGUUGCUUUCUAUCAAAAAUAUUAUGAAUGGGCCAAGCUUGAAAUGAAAGAAUUACACUGGAACGAAACUGAUGGAGUAUGGUACGAUUACGAUUUGGAGCGAAAGGCUCAUGUAAACACUUACUACGUAUCGAACGCAGUACCCGUGUAUGCUAAAUGCUACGAUGAUGAAGAUGAUAUUACUCCUCGACGAGUAUUAAAGUAUUUGAAAAGAGUUGGAGUGUUGAACUUUACCAAGGGGCUUCCAACUUCGCUUGUUAUGGGUAGCGAACAACAGUGGGAUAAGGAGAACGCUUGGCCGCCUAUGAUUCAUUUAGUCAUCGAAGGUUUUCGCACUACUGGCGAAAAAGAUCUUAUGGAGGCAGCCGAAAAGAUGGCAACAUCAUGGUUACAUCUAACAUAUCAGUCAUUCAUGCGAACGCAUGCCAUGUUUGAAAAAUAUAAUGUGACAACAUUGACUGAAGAAAUAUCAGCUGGAGGAGGCGGAGAGUAUGAAGUGCAGACUGGAUUUGGUUGGACAAAUGGUGUAAUCAUGGAUUUGCUUGACAAAUAUGGAGACAAGGACGCUGAUUCUUACAAAGAGUACAGUCUGGGCGAAAAUUUAAAGUUGGCGUUCUCAAUCGCAAAUGGAUCGUCGAUUAUGUCGACAACAGUGAAAUUGCUGGAUAUAGAGGAUACGACAUCAGAUAGUCAGUAUGGAUUAGGUUUGCGCAAUACUGCGCAUGCUUUUGUUGAAGCACUGAAGAUAUAUGACGAUGCAAAGCGAGCGGACCGUAAAGACUGGAAGCUCAAAUCUGAACACAAAGGCGAUAAAUGCUACAACAAACAUUUUCCUAUCGGGAAAGUGUACUUCCUUAAGAAGUCGUAUAAUACCGAUAUAGAAACGAUUUUUCAACAUCACUGGAAUGAGAUAGAAGAAACACCUAAGUGGAAUCCCAAUGUGCAUAGCGUAAAACGCGUAGGAUGCAUAAGUGAACACGCCGACAUUCUUCAUUACACAACCUCCGAAGUAGUUGUGAUCAAAGGACGUGAUUUUGUCGUUUGCCGAAUGUGGCGAAAGGUGGGCGACUCCUAUGUGGUUUGUGCUACUAGUUUUGAAAACGACGUUCCUGUUACCCCAAAGAAGAAGAGGGGCUGGGUGAAUGUAUGCGCUGGCAAGUUUACCCCGUUACCAACAGACCCAACAAAAUGCACUAUAGAAUACAUAGUGUCCGUUGAUCUCAAAGACAAGCUGACACCGAAAGCGGUUCUAAGUUCUGGGAUUGCUGAUAUGGUGAUCAAGGAUGCCAGGAAUGCUUACAAGUAUAUUGAGGAUGAAAUAUCAAAGCAUGAACAAAAAUCAUAGUCAUUCAAUGCAUUGUACAUUCGAUGAGAAGGUUAUAUAAAAGCAUACGUGGCUA